AUGACAAAAGCCAAUUGCCACCCAGCGACAAGAUUAUCCGCCGACAGCCACUACAAACAUUUGCUAAGGUUCAAGAGAGCUGAAGAUUACUACCACUUCCACCGGCCCAUGAAAGUAAGAUAUGGAUAUGCAGGCAUUUGGAAACACACAUUGUUUCAUUAUACACAAUACACCGUUGAACCUAAAACCCCGUUUGCAGCGAUUCAACUAGUCUAUACAAAAGAAGAACCGUUUCAUGUGUUCAACAUUAAUGAACACACAUUCGCUUAUCUCUAUGAUCGUGACAAUACUAACAACGAUGAUGUGUGUCGAUGGUCAUUAACAAUCAGCCGGUAG